AUGCCUUGUGUAUUUUUUGCUAUAGAACACAUUACUAAAGCAAAUACCAUUUCUGCUAGUAGUUCUAACUUUACUUCUUUUACAAAUGGAAUAAUUGCAUAUAAUAGACCUGCAAAUAAUAAUCCUAUAUUUAUUAGUUUUACUUUAUUUGACAAACAAAUAGAUUCAGGUUGUCUUAUAGAAGCUGUAAAUGUGUUAUCCAAUGAAGAAUUUCAAAUUCUAUUUGAUAGUUUAGAGCAUGAAAUUACAAAAGCCUUAGAAUCCUUUCAAAAAUGGUUUUUAUCAUGGCUUCAUUUACCAUUAGCAGUUUGCCAGCUUGGAGGGAAUAGUGCACAAUCAUUUGCAUCUAGCUUUUAUCAUGAUUUGGAAGAUGACAAAAAUAAUGGAAUAACAAAUGACUUUGGUUUAAGUGAAUUGCUAUGUCAAAACAGCAGUUUUCUUGAAGAAUUUAUGCAAUUUUGCAUUUGUGACGAUCCAAUAUAUCAUUUUCCCACUAUUUAUAAUUUCGUUAAGAAUCAUAUUUAUUAUAUUGUCAUCCACCAGCAGCAAGUCGAAGGUCUUUUUAACAAGCUUGAUCUGAAAACACAUGCAAACAUGUCAUUAUCAAUAAAACAAUCAAAGCUUCGCUUGUCAUCAAGCAAGAUCUCAAAAGAAAAUUUGGCUAGUGGAGUUAAAAGAGAUGCGAAAACAAAGAAAUGA